CAUGCAAGCAUAUCCGUACCCGCGAUGGACUCGCACAUAGUGCGAGCAGGGCCGUCCGGGGGGAUGAAGUAGAGCACAAUGGGCGCCGGGGCUGGCCACUAUGAUGAUACCGCAGAAGAUCUUCGAUUCUUGACGCUACUCAUAAUCAGCAGGCCCCCGCCGAAUAAGAACAUGAAGAAAAGGAAGAUAAAAGAUGGGAAUAGAGAAGCAAAAAGGAAAAUGAAAAGAAAGAGAGGAAGAAAAGAGACAAAAUGGUUGAGUACUAACCCUCAACACUAUACCAAAAAGAAAGAUGAAAAGAAAGAGAGAAGGAAAACAGAAGAAGGUUGAGUACCUAGGUAACCCUCAACACUACCUUAGGCGGUUUGUCCUAAUUAUUUUCUUUCUGAAUUAUCAAAACAAGGAUUUGGCUGGUGGUCCCCUGAACCACCAACUCU